AUGAGAAUGCUUCUGUGGUUGACUUUUCUAGCUCUUGGAGCUGCCCACCUUUGGGCCAUUGCCGUGGACAGUCCUGUGAAUAUACUGGUGAAAGAGACCUUGACACUGCUCUCGACUCAUCAGGCUCUGCUGAUAGGCAAUGAGUCUCUGAGGAUUUCUGUUCCUACACAUAAAAAUCACCAACUGUGCAUUGAAGAAAUCUUUCAGGGAAUAGACACACUGAAGAAUCAAACUGUACAUGGGGAUGCUGUCGAAAAACUAUUCCAAAACUUGUCUUUAAUAAAGAAAUACAUCGACCUCCAAAAAGAAAAGUGUGGCCAGGAAAGACGGAGCAUAAACCAGUUCCUAGAUUACCUGCGAGAGUUUCUUGGUGUAAUAAGUACUGAGUGGACAGUGGAAAUCUGA